CGUAGGAGAGGAAAAUAACAUUAUUUCAUAAAGCAUAAGUUGUAAAGCCAUUAUUUGUAAGAAAAUCACAUAUUACGGUCACUCUACAGUUUCCGGGCUGUUUAUCUCGAGAUCAUUGCCAUUUGUUUAUAAAAUAUAUUCGCCUGUGUCCGAUUGAAGUCUUACUAUGUCCGACAGCCAGGAAACAGUUCCGGAGGGCUGGGAAAAGCGUACCAGCCGUUCCACAGGAAUGACCUAUUAUCUUAACGUCUACACCAAAGAGUCUCAAUGGGAUCUUCCUACGGCCCCCGCGGAGCCCGCCAACACGAAUGAGCCAUCAGAGGUACAGUGUGCGCAUCUGUUGGUGAAGCAUAACAAAUCCCGAAGGCCCAGUUCUUGGCGAGAGGACAACAUUACUCGUAGCAAGGACGAGGCGUUGGAAAUCCUCGAAGCGUAUCGCAAAAAGAUACAAUCCGACGAAGCAUCACUGCAGGAGCUAGCCCAGCGUUAUUCGGAUUGCAGUUCGGCGAAACGGGGCGGCGAUUUGGGAGUUUUCAAGCGGGGCAUGAUGCAAAAACCCUUUGAGGACGCCGCGUUUGCAUUGAAAGUGGGCGACAUGUCCGAUAUCGUUGAUACCGAUUCGGGUGUUCAUUUGAUUCUUCGGUUAAAAUAGACUGCCUCCAGACCAAUAGAUGCCCUUUCCAUCGUGCAUGCCAGAAUGGCGUCAUGAUAGUCACAGGAAAAACACAUCGUUUUUAAUUUGUAUAGAAUUGUAUAUUUCUUCUUCUUUUUUCAUUCGCAUUAUACUGCCCAUUCUACCCUACAAUUUUAGUUUUUCGAUCAACAACUUCCCUCCCGUAUGUUUUUGCGAUUUUAGUUCCUUUUUGAGUGGAAUUAGUUUUUUCUUCAGCAUUUGUUGCACCUCCACGGUGGAGUUUUCAAAUAUUAGCAGCAACAGGAACGAGGGCCGGUUCUGUUCUACCCACGCUGUCAGCUGAUCACCGGUCAAUUCAUCUAUCACGGCGCGUCCAAACUGCGAAGUGGCUUCACCCGCAUGCUGCCGUUUUUCCUGAUCCAGUUUGAUCAUCUUCUUUAGUGCGAUGUGUAAGCCAGCGUGCUCGAUGCCAUUUACCAGGGGGUUUGCGGCAAGUUGUUUUUCCCGGGCCGCGGCCUACAAUGAAUUCAGAAAGACGCUUAGCAACCGUCGCAACGAUUCAACAGUAAUAAAGCAAUCGACUUACUUUUUCUUC